CCAUCAAAACAAAUUCAAAACACACCAGCAAGUCAAACCUCUGACUGAAAGAGAAACAAGAUGAGACUCUGGAGUGGUCUAGUCAAAGUUUCCUAUGUGCAUGUUGUUCAAACAGGAAAACCCCAAUGUGGCUGAGUAAGAACAGUUCUGCAGAGCAGAAUCCCACCACAGCCGUGUCAGUCAGACGGCCAGUAGAACCAGUACUGAGUUUCUGUUAGACCAUCUCUUUUCCACACAGUCUGAAUAUUUUUUAUAAAGAAGAGAAGUCACAUUCUUUAGAAAAGGACCAAAAUGUAAGAAGUUUCUGCUGUUUAAAUGACAUAUGGAUUUAUUUUUCAAACAUUUUGGGGAUUUAUUGCUAAGCAAUGUUCAUUAAAGACAAACGCUUUGUCUCGUAAAUGAAUAAAUGUUUUAAGAAGAUUUAUUUGUCUGUAAAAAAGGUGAGCUAAUUGUGAAUUUGCCACAUUGUUAAAUUUCGGCCUGCAGGCGACACUUUGCUAAAAUAAAUGUUCUGAAUAAUUAUUCAGAACAUUUCUAACAUCUUGUCCCUGAAUGGGUUCGGGAGGAGCUGCUGCCUCUGCAGCUGCUCCGGGCGAGAGGCGGGGUCACCUGCACAGGUCGCAGGUAUUAUCAUUUGAAUAAAAUACAUCUGAUUUUGUCUACAGAUAAAUCAUAAUGCAGGUGCAGUUCCGCUGCACAGACAUGAAGUCAUACCUCUCACUUGGCAUGUGAGCCAAACAAGGAAGCGAGAACAGAGAACUGGAAACAUCAGAGACAUGAAGGAGAAGAUCAGCAGCGUUCUGGCGCUUUCUGCGUUAUUCACUCUGACGUGUUUCUCCGUGUUUUUACUCCACAGCAAAGACACUUCUUUGGUUUUUCCUUCGGUGCCGCAGCAGGUGGUGAAAAGCAACAGGAGUGUUUUUGGAGCGAUGAUGGAUCGUGUUUGGGUAACAAAGACCCCAGACGUCUCCCUGAAAACAGCAGCGACCUCURAACCUCUGGAUCCGUGUCCCGACACGCCUCCGUCUCUGGUGGGUCCACUUCUGGUCGAGUUUGAAACCAAACGAAGUCUGGAGUUGGUCAGGAAUCAGGUGGGGUCUCUGCUGCAGCAGGGAGGACGGUACAAACCCCCGAAUUGCGUCCAGGGCCAACCAGUGGCUGUCAUCGUCCCGUUCAGAAACCGCUCUGAACACCUGAACCACUGGCUCUACUACCUCCAUCCGGUCCUGAUGCGUCAGCAGCUGGACUACGGUGUGUACGUCAUCAACCAGGACGGAGACGGACCGUUCAACCGGGCCAAGCUGAUGAACAUCGGAUUCAAUGAAUCGCUGAAGGAAUACGAUUACGACUGUUUCGCCUUUUCGGAUGUAGACCUGGUGCCAAUAGACGACAGGAACCUCUACAGAUGUUCUGACCAUCCCAGACAUUUGUCAGUGGCUAUAGAUAAAUUUAACUACAUAUUAUCCUCAAAAACAGCCUUUGGUGGCGUCUCCCUGCUGACCCAGGAGCAGUUCCUGAAGGUCAACGGUUUCUCAAACACGUUCUGGGGCUGGGGCGGCGAGGACGACGACCUGUACAACAGGAUCCUCCACAGAGGAAUGUCCAUAACUCGGCCGGACGCUAAGAUUGCAAAGUACAAGAUGAUUAAACAUGGAAGAGACUUGCACAAUGAGGUGAAUCCAGAAAACGCUGUGAAAACACAAAAAACAGCAGAGAAUAUCGACACUGAUGGACUAAAUUCACUCAACUUUACUGUCAAAGAGAUUAUGAAGGAUGUACUGUACACUUUAAUCUCUGUGGAUGUUCAGUCGCCAUGACGAUGAUUUAAACACUGGAUCUUACUUGGAA